AGCAGCUCUCACAGACAGGGGAACAGCUUUUUCAAAAGUUUUAAAGGAUGGCAUUCUUCAAGAAGUUUAUCAACAAAAUUAGUAACGAUGACAGCAGCAAGGGUUUUAAAGGUGGUCAAGUGGAGACGGCAUACUUUGGAACAGUAAAGCCUGAUCCAAACUUUAAUGGCCAGAAUGAUGCUGCAAAAUUGAAGAAAGCUAUUGAGACCAAAGGUGUGGAUGAAGCCACUAUUGUGGAGGUGAUUGCAAAGAGGAGCAAUGCACAAAGACAACAGAUUAAAGUGGCUUAUCAGCAGAGUACAGGAAAACCUCUGGCAGAUGCACUGAAAAAGGCUCUGAAGUCAGAUUUAGAGGAAGUGGUCCUGGCCUUGCUGAUGACUCCUACUGAGUAUGAUGCUUUUGAGAUGAAAAGAGCCAUGAAGAAACUUGGGACAAAUGAGGCCGUCCUAAAUGAAAUUUUGAGGACCAGAUCAAACAAGGAGAUUACAGCAUUGAAGAAUACUUACAAAGAAGUCAACAGAGAGCUGCUGGAGGAAAAUAUUAAAAGUGACGUUAAAGGAGAUCUCGAGACUACCCUGCUCGCCCUUUGCAAGGCUACCAGGAGCAAAGACCAUCACAUUGAUGAUGGUGUCGCUACGAGUGAUGCAAAGGCUUACCAACUUGUUAUUCUUAUGAUCAGCGUUUCCGUCGUCAUGUUUUAA